UGCAUGCGCUCCCAACAUCACAAUACGAGAGAGGGAGGAGUGAGAGCUGUUUACAUUGUGAACCAGAUUUAUAGUCAUCCGGCUGCACCACCGGGACAACAGCUGUUUCGAGUUAUAGCCAGCAUUUGUCCGUUAAACCGUCUCCAAUUUACGCUUUACGCACAGUCAUGAUUUUGACGCACAGGUGAACUUAUUUCGCCUCGACCACAACUCCGAAAAGGAAAGGUGCUUUGAGAACGUCUCGUGCGUUUCGAACUCUCCUCCUCACUCUCCCAUCGGAGCCGAACAGGUUGUCGGAGCCAUGUCCAGGAAGAAGGCAGUGAAAGGCAAAGGGAGCUCCAGGAGCCCCAAGGCGUCGCCGGGCAGCGGGAGGACGGGGAAAGGUCUGGCCGCCGCCGCCGCUCCGUCUUCCGCACUGGUUUAUCCCAGCAGACCGUCCAUCAGCAACAGCGGAGAGUUUUACGACGUCGCCUUCAAGGUGAUGCUGGUGGGGGAUUCAGGUGUUGGGAAGACCUGUCUGCUGGUUCGCUUCAAAGAUGGAGCCUUUCUAGCCGGGAGCUUCAUCUCCACUGUGGGCAUUGACUUCAGGAAUAAAGUAAUGAGCAUUGAUGCCGUGAAAGUCAAACUGCAGAUUUGGGACACUGCUGGACAGGAGCGUUUCCGGAGUGUCACACACGCUUACUACCGCGAUGCUAACGCUCUCCUCCUCCUCUAUGACGUCACCAACAAAGCAUCCUUCGACAACAUCCGGGCAUGGCUGACAGAGAUCCAUGAGUACGGUCAGCAGGACGUGGUCGUCAUGCUGCUGGGCAACAAGGUCGACUCCACGCAUGGCAGGAUGGUGAAGCGAGAGGAGGGAGAGAAACUGGCAAAGGAGUUUGGAGUGCCCUUCAUGGAGACGAGUGCUAAAUCUGGACUGAAUGUGGAGCUGGCCUUCACUGCAGUGGCCAAAGAACUGAAGCACAGGACCAUGAAGGAGCCCGAUGAGCCAAAGUUUCAGCUGCAGCAGUACGUCGACAAAGAAAUGAGGACUGCUGGCUGCUGCCGCUCGUAGACCAUAUCCUCAUGCCUGUUGGCGUCUGUGUGUGACAGACAGAGAGAGAGAGAACAGGUACAUUCCAAUAAAGUAGUAAUUAAUCCGGUGUGUCUGGGAAUUAUCAUGCAAUUCUCAGUGUUUGUAAUAUAUCAGUGGUGAUAUGGCCAGUAUGCUCUCUCUCCCAACCCACCUAUCCUCUGCAACUGUGAAUGUAAUAUAACUCUGAUACAUGCUUGCACAUACACAUGCAUGUACACACAUGGACACACUCGUAUACGGCUAUGUUUGUAAGUCUACUUCAUAGCUCGGUCAAUCCAUUUUAUUCAUGAGUGGGAUGUACAUAUUAUAAAUGUGAAUUUAAUUUGGUGCCCUGAAGCUUUGUAGUUUGUAAAUGCCGUCUUGUUGAAACAGAAGAAUACAAAUAUGUUGAACAUCAAAUCAAUCUGAAAGUAAAUAGAAAUGAAUAGAUCUAAUGAACAUAUUUGUACAGAUACAAUAUUGUAAGCUGCCAAAUGGCACUGUGUGCCGUUGUGUACAGGAUAUCACAUGAUAAUGUUUUUUGUGGUCAUUAUACUAUUUAUUUUGAGCUCUUUACCUUUUAUACGCAGAUUGUUCUGUGAAGCAUUUUAGCAUUAAGAACCUCCCUCCGAAAUUUUAGACGAUAUUAAAUAUAAAAAACUAGAUCGUCAGCAAAGAGGCGGAGUCGACUCUGACUUUUACAGAUUCACUCGUUUUGAUUCACCCUUGAAUUGCCAUGACCAGCUGUUAUCACGACCAAUAGUAUGCUUCAGACAGAGCAAGAUGGGCAAACUGCAAGGACCUGCACGUUGUGAAAUGGUAGCAGUUUUUAACACGUGGUUAACAAUGUGAAUUGUAACAAAAGUAUGUGGUUAGAUUCAAGCAACAAAACUGCUUUAGGUUUAGGAAAAGGUCAUGGUUCGGGUUAAAAUAAGUAUUAUGGUGAUGUAACUAAAGUAAUAAACAUAAGAUAAGUAUGUAGUAUGUUACGUAUAUUGCAUAUGUUACGUAAGUUGCAUAACCUAAAAUAAGUCAAUGUGUUGACACAAACACUCCUGGGUGAAAGUCCUGUGUUUGUUUGACCCAUCCCUCCACACGACCUCCUCCCAAUAAGCAGACUUUAUACUCUUUAUACUACGACUGACCGUCUCCGUCGCUCCCGUCAUAAUUACUACGACCACCAAACAAUUAUGAACCUCCAGCAAUCCAGUUUACAAAGCAUGAUAACAGCCUACUGAGCCAAUUAGGAGGUUGAAGAGGGCAAUGCCACCUUACUUCUAUUGUUCUGAUGACAACCGUUAACGGCCAUUUAAUCGACUGAUAAUAUUCAAAGCGGCUGGCAGAUUUGGGGUGAAAUCAGUUACAUGCUUCAUUGCAAGAGGAGAGUGCUAUUUCUUUCAAAGAAAUCACUCCCAGCAUGCUCAUUCUUGAGAAAAGUGCAGGAGACAAAUAACAUCGUUUUUGUGACACAAAGCAACAGGGUACAUGUAAAAUCUGGUUUAAAUGGGAUUCUUUUUUAAUAUAUUGAUCGUAUAAGGUUCAUUCUUGACUUUGGAAACAGAAGUUGGGGGAAAGAAAAAUAUUGUUUUCAGGUCCACUUACAGCACUGGCUUUUCAUGGAGCUUUUCGUCACAUCUCACUCUCUUCAUCGGCACAUGGAGUCUUCUGAUGAAGUCGGGAUUGACUCGGUCAGCUUUAACAUAACUUGGCAAUAUUGAUUUAUUAAAUAUUCAACAGAUGAAGACCAAGAGAUGUGGCUGAAAGCUGCAGAUAAAGCUAGUGAGUGGACUUAGUUGAAUAAUGCUGGUUUGAGAUAGAGGUUCUAUAUAACAUCUCUUAUCCUCCACUUUUUGUACGUAUACUUUGAAUUUUCAACUAUACAGAAUAUUGUAUAAAUGUUAAUGUUAAACAACAGAUGUUUAGAUUUUUUGUUCCUCUACUUCGCCAGGCUUGAUUUCAAUGCUUAAAAAUGUUGAAAGCAAGAUAAAAUACACAUGAACACAGAUGAUAUGCAAAGUGCCAGCCUUAUUUCAAUCAUGAUCAGAAAAUGUAAAAAAGUGAAUCUCGUAGAAGUGUUUAGAAUUUGUGAAACCUAGAGGAAGGUUUGACCGAACCUCUUUCUCACUUGUUUUUCCCUUCGGGGGUUUUGUAAUAGCUUACCUGUUGUUGCGUAGAGAUGUACCAAUUCUUAUUGGCUCUUUGAUGAACUAUGGCAUUCCACGGGCAUUGUUAUCUUUUUUUGUGAAAUGUUUUAUCACAGAUGGUUUCAUUCUGCCUUCUGUUCGUGUUGAAAAUAUAAAUUGUACCAUGAAAUACUAUAAAUACAAUUACAUUUGCUUUCAAUGAGUGGUUACACUUCAUCUUGAUAUCCAGAUUUUACAAUAGAUUUUCAGUAUGAAUCAUAGUAAACUUGUUAUCUGUAUACUGUAUCUUCACUCAAAUGAUUUGUAUCGUAUCAAUCUCCAGUGUUCACAAAUAAAGAAUCAAAUCAACAGUGAA